AUGACAAAUGUUAGUGAUUGUAGGCUUUAUAUGAAGUAUUUCACCAUGAGGAAGCUUUUGCAGCUUUUCUCCUUCCAACGAAACCAAAUCUUUUAUAAGCAUGCAAACUAUUCGGUACGUGGACAAGAUUCAAAUUUUAUUCGGCUUCACGGUAUUGAUGUGGUCCGGGAUCCGAGAACAAAUCGAGGAACUGCAUUCACUCUUAAUGAGCGACAAUUACUCGGUAUACAUGGGCUACUCCCACCUUCUGUAUUAACUCUGGACCAACAGGUCUCAAAAAUGAUGGCCAAUCUAAAGAAUAUGAACGAUAAUUUGCAGCGCUACGUUUAUCUUACUUCAUUACAAGACCGAAACGAGGCUUUAUUUUAUAAGCUUGUUAUUGAGCAUGUGGAAUAUUGUAUGCCGUUGAUAUAUACACCAACUGUUGGUUUGGCUUGUCAACGCUAUGGUGUAGUAUUUCGACGACCUCGAGGUCUAUACAUAACAGUACACGAUCGACAUCAUAUACCCGCGAUUCUAAAUAACUGGCCUGAACCGAUCGUAAAGGCUAUCGUAUUUACUGAUGGUGAGCGUAUUCUUGGUUUGGGUGAUUUGGGAGCAUAUGGUAUGGGAAUACCCAUUGGAAAACUGUCGUUAUACACAGCACUGGCUGGUGUCCAUCCGAAGCAUUGUUUACCAAUCCUUUUAGAUGUCGGAACAGAUAAUCAAGAAUUACUGAAUGAUCCUGUAUAUACGGGCAUCAGACAUAAGCGUAUACGCGAUGAACGCUAUGAUGAGUUAAUCGAAAAUUUCAUGCAAGCUGUUACAGAACGCUACGGGAACCAUUGUUUAGUUCAAUUUGAAGAUUUUGGAAAUCAUAAUGCAUUUCGUUUACUUGAACGAUAUCAAGAUUCGUACUGCACUUUUAAUGAUGAUAUACAAGGUACGGCAGCUGUAGCGGUAGCCGGCUUACUGGCUGCCGGUCGUAUUACAAAGCGUAAGCUUACAGAUAAUAUAUAUCUUUUCGUCGGCGCUGGUGAAGCAGCAACCGGUAUUGCUCAGUUACUGGCAACAUCAUUACAACUAAACGGAUUGGAUGAGAAAGAGUCCCUGAGUAAAAUGUAUAUGUUCGAUAAAGACGGAUUAUUAACACAUUCACGCCAAGAAGGUUCACUGACAGAUCAUAAUAAAGUUUUUGCGCGUGACGACACAGAAAAUAUAUGUAAACUGGAAGAUGCAGUGAAAUUACUAAAGCCAACAGUUAUUAUUGACACCUGUUUGUGUAUGUCUGGGACUCAGUUGUUAUGAUUUUCGGUCUCUAGAUUGCUCCUACUCGGGACUCUGUUUCACCAACCUUCAAACUCAAUGUGUAGCCCGCUAUAUCACUUGCACAUUGUGAUAACCAAGUAAUUAUUGUUGACUUUAGUUUCAUCGUUAACUUUUCUUUGGAUUCGUCUAAUCGACAAAGUAAACAAACUGGUGGAAUGAUGAAACUUAACACGUGUUUUCUGAAUAUUCUCAGUCCUAAAUUCCUAACUGUAUAUAAAUCCACCACUUUAUGUGCUCUGUCCAUUAGACCAUUGUUUCAUUUGUUUAUUUUUGUAUUUGUAGUGUACUGUUUACAUUUAAAUUAAUAAACAUUACAUUAACCAUAUUAUAAGGUAAACUUUAUGAUGAAAUUAUAACAGUGAUAUAAAACCCAGCUAAACAUAGUUUUGUAUGCCAAGUUGUAUACUGUAUGCUUAACACUUUCUUAUGGGUAACAAACUGUUCAGAAUAUCGACACUACACUUGUAAAAUACUUACAUGGAACUGUCAACGUAAGCUAUUUAUACGUUAUCAUGAUAUAAAUGGGUCUCAAAAGUUUCUCGCCAUUGGCAUAUUUAUUUAACAAGGCAGGCUUGAUAGUCAUUAUUUAAUGGUUUCCAUAGCCUAAUGAAAAGUGUUAAGUAUGGAGGUUCAGGUGGUUGUCAUUUGUUUUCAUUUAGUAGAAUUAUUAUUGGGAAUUGUUUGCGUGUGUUAGUUUCUUUUAAUAAAUAUCUAAUUUACACACCCUCAUGUUAAUUAUAGUUUUGGAGGAAAUAUACAAUUCGGAUGGGUUUUGUGGAUAUUAUAGUAAUUUCAAUGGUUAAGAUCAUGAGUUAGUUGAAGCUAGACCACCAUGGAAAACCUGGAAUCACUGGACGGCCGUCUCGUCCUACUUUGGGACUCCUCAACAGUGCGCAUCCACGACCUCGCCCCCUGCGAUAAUCGAACCCCCGACCUACUCGUUUCGCGUGCGAGCACUUAACCACUAGACCACUGAUCCGGCAUCCAACGGUGUUAAUGUCUAACUUCAACUACAAUUGAUCAAUUAAAAUACUUUUUGUGACAUCAAAAGAAUCUAGAUAUCAUUAUCAAGGUUUGGGUUGAUAAUUUUAAAUAAAUAAAGCAUCAGGUAGAUUGUUAGUUGUGAAAAUAAUGGCAUUUCUAAUAUUUAAAUGAGUAUAAAAUAAAAUUCCUGAUUUUCCGUGACUCAGCGUAAGCCACUUUUCAGAGAAUAAAUUAAUUUAUUCAUUAACCUGAGUCUAAAUAAUACGAAGGAACAAAGCGGAAAUAUCUAGUACAACCAAUUAAAAACAGCGGACCAAGCUAUUGUCAUGUCACUCCGGUCAGGGUGAUUUCCGUGUGACAUGUUUGUGUAUUUGUGUAUGUUAAUGAAGAUCACUUACUAAGAUCUCGUUUCUUCGAUAUCUUGAUAAGGUAUUCUUCUUUUCAGUCUGUUGGUACUUGUUCUUCCUCUACAAUCCUCCUGAAGAGAAUGUGGAACAACUUUGCAGUUUUCUUGAUAUCUGACUUCAGUGCUUCAGCUGAUAUGUUUUCUGGUCCAGCUGCUUUCUCACUCUUGAUUUGUCUAGUGAAUAUCCUGAUUUCUUCGAUUGCUGGUGGUGUAAUAUCUAUAAGGAGGUCUGUGUGUAUUGCUUCGAUGUUUUGUGAGUUCAGUGGAACUGACCUAUUGGAGGGCUUUUCAAAGUGUUCUACCCACUUGCUCCCCUGAUUUUGAACCACAGCUAUUGGUUUUCCUUCUCUGUUCCUGACUAGUUGCUAUGUUCCACCAUAUUACCCUACAAGCUUCUUGUUUGUAUUAUACAAUUCUUUUAUACAUCCACCUCUCAAAUUUCUCUGCCGUAGUCACCAGGUUUUCGACACAUUUCCGCUUGUUUGCUUCUGUACAUUCAGUUUGUAGCUUGAUUUCCCC